AUGCGUCCAUCGCAUUCGACCUCGCACACCUUGCCAACCCCACCCAUCAUACCCUCGCCAUGUCACAGCGCUGCCUGGAGCACCAACUGGUCCCACCCCGUGCGCCCCAUCGCCUUCCCGCGCAGCAACUGGACCGGCGCAUCCUGGGGCCCGCCAAACCUGUUCACCUCCGUUGUUGACUCCACGCUUUUCCAAUGGGCAGCCAAGGCGGCGAGCGUUGCCGUGCAUCGCGCGCUCAAGGAAGAACUCCCCUGGGAGCAGGUGGGCGCGCAUGGUGUUUGUCUCGCACUUGUUGAUGUCGCGCUGCAGUCUCGCGAUCACAUCCGCUUUACACACUGCGAAGCAGUCAUCAACAGCCCCACAGAGUGGUAUCCGACCUACGCUGAGUGGCACGCCGAGUGUGAGGCGGAGAUUGCAAGGAUAUAUGAGCUGGCGCGUAGUGUCCUCCCGCCGGCCGUCAUGGCAAGCACAACUGUCGCCGACGCCAACCACCUUUGCUUCGCCGCCAUCCUGUGCGACUUUAUGGUGCCGUACGACGCGGUCAACGGCCCGCCUCCAGCCGAUCUGCACCUCAUCCCCGCCGUAUACCUCCAACAAUACCUCCCGACUAGCGACGUGGUCGCCCAGCUCGGCGUGUCAGUUAUCCAAGGAUCUGUGCCGCUGGGGGAAAAGGGCUCCGAAGACGCGUUGCUGCAGGCUGCAGCUGAGUGGGACGCGCGCUGGCCGCUGCGUGCCGACGCCGCCAACCCCCUACGCUCCAUGCCGCCAACCAAUCCACCUCCACCGCGCGUCCCCGUCCAACUGCCACACGGCUACCAGUACGUCCCCGUACCGUCGCAGCUCCACGCCCCGCCCCCACCUCCUCCACGCCGCAUGGCUCGUGCCGCCAACGGCAGGAUGUACGUUGUGCGCUAA